CUCGUUCAUAGUACUCUUCUGACAUACCUUACUCGUAAAGAUCGACAAAUAUAUAUAUAAAAAAAAUAAAAAUAAAAAAAGGAAUUAGUCCUCUUUUAUUUUAUUUUUUUAUUUUUUUAUUUUAUCUGUUGAUCAGGGCCGGAGGACAGUAUUGUUGGGUUGGUAUCCCUACCUGCGUUUUCCCUCCCACCCACCCCCUUGUCUGCAUUUCGGGUUGUUUACAGUGCCACGUCAGCAGUGCCACGUCAGCAGUGCACGUCAGCAGUGCCAGGUCAGCAACCAUGACGGGACCAGCGCUGGGCUUACUAGGCCAACUGGCCAACGAGUCUAUCACCGAGUACCGACAGCGGGUCCAGGCUCAGCUCGCGCUCAUUCAGGCCGAGGAACAGCGCCAGGCGGCAGCCGAGGCUGCCCGCCUACAGGCUGAGGUGGCAGCGGCAGCUGAAAGGCAGCGGCUUCAGGCCGAAGUCGAGGCACACACCAGGGCACGCCGAAAGGAAGCCCAAGAGCUGCUGCAGCGCCAUGAAGCAGCCAACAUCGAAAGGCUCAAGUACUGGCACUUUGAACCAAACGGCGACGAGCCGACACUGGAAGAGCAACACAAGGAGUUUCUCUCCAAGCUCGUGUCACGCCUGUUGUAUACUUGCAACUACCAACCGGCCAAACUAGAGAAACAACACCAAGAGUUGGCAGACCUCCGCCGAAUAGUGCAGGGCCACGAGGAUGCAACACAGGCACUCAAUGCCCGUGUAUUGGACCUGGAACAGUUUGUACCAGGACCAGAUGCUGGUACGUCCAGCAGUGAACCCUCUAGCCGCCAACUGGAGGAACGCAUUGACCACGUAGUGGCGAUGCUCGGCGACAUCAGUGCUUUCGCUGCACCUACCACCAUCAGCAGUCAGCUGCACACCUUGAAGACCGAGGUCCAGAAGCUGCAGUCGACGAACUCGGAGGGCAAUCCUAAGUUGUACAAGAUGCUAACCUUCCAACUCGAGAAGUUCGACGACUACACGCAUCAGGAUCGGGUUCUCUGGUGGGAAGCAUUCACGACGCAGCUUCGGAUCCUACCAGUCGCAAAGCACGCAUACAUCGGUGCCCUUUUUCUUAACUCAAAGGGCGCAUGCCAGACUUGGUUGACCCAUCUGGCAGCCACUCACGGCGUCGACGUGGUAGAUCUUCGAGACAAGAUCACAUGGGAGGAGUUGACACGGUUGUGGAAGAAGAGGUUCAUCGUCGACGACGCGCCUGCCCUCGCCAUCAACCGCCUCUUCACCAUGACCCAAGGCAACACUGCAACACGAGACUGGCUCACGGAAUGGCAAAAGAUCGCGGCAACGCCGGAUUUGGACUUGCCAUUUACGCAUCUGCGCCGAGAGCUCUACAAUAGGUCAUGUGCUGCACUGAGCCAGAUACUUGGUGAUCGCGAGCAGUACUCAACCUUCGCUGCGAUCAUCGACAAAGCAAGGGAGAUCAUCAAGACUAAUAGGGCGGCUGCACACGAGAAAUCAGCAUGGCAGCCAACCUAUGUGGAGAAAGUAAAGACUGGUCCGCGGCAGCAGCAUUUCGCUGCAGUCCAAUCGGACAGUGGAGACGACCCGGCAGCCACCAAGGCAUCAAGUGAAGGAGAUCAGGUGGCUGCUGUCCAUCCGAGAAGCACCAACAAGUCCCGGAACAAUGGAAAGGCGAGGACCGCAUCAUCGGCUGGAACACGACAGCCAGCGCCAUGGGUCAAGUUUAACUUGACCGAGGCCGAAUACAAGUACCGUGUUCCGCCAUCAUUUACCUCAGGGGAUUCGUCGAUGUGGUCAAGACUUGAAGAGCUCGACCCGUUGACAGUCGCGGAUCUCCAGUGGAUGCCCAUUCCCCCAACCGGUCGAUUGUCGAAACCGCAUUACAAUGUGCUCAUGGCACAAUUGCGGGAGUAUUUGCACACUGCAGUACCAACUCCGUUGAUGGACGCCGGAGUAGAGGUUGUCGACCUUCAGGAGUACAUCGCGAAGAUCGACCACGAGUUCAAGACACAACGGUAUGACGACAUUGACGCACCAUUGUUGUAUGUACGCAUUCAGAUCGGAGAGGCGACCUGCAGCGCCUUGAUCGAUUGCGGUGCAACUCGCAACUACAUGAGUCAGGACUUCAUGGUACGCGUCGGCCUUGGCCCACGCGUCAGGAGGAAGUCCCAUCCGGCACACGUGACGUUGGCCGAUGGUCACACGCACAAGUUAAUUGACCGGUGCAUUGACAACGUCCCUGUGUAUUUCGCCCCGCAUGCACGCGAGGCUGUGUCCUUCGACAUUCUGGACACUAAGCUCGACAUGAUUUUGGGCAUGUCAUGGCUGCGAAGUGAGGACCACCCGGUGAGCUUCUACCGCCGCACCGUUCACGUUCGUGACCGGGAUGGAGUACUAGUCCCAUGCACGGUGCCUCCUCCUCACCCUUCGAUCAGCUGUCACGUGGCGCCCGCCGCAAGUAUUCGAGGUUUCAUCAUCAAGGAUGACAUUGAGGAGAUGGGGGUGUGUUUUCUCCACGCCCUCCCGCCCCAGGACACCCCAUUCACGGACGCAUCAUCGGACCCAGGCAUCACUGAGCUUCUCGCCACUUAUAGUGACGUGUUCGAGGCCCCGCACGGAGUAGUACCGGAUCGGCCCAUCCGCCACGAGAUCAUCCUCGAGGACGGGGCUGUACCUCCGCGUGGUUGCAUGUACCGAAUGAGCGAGAAAGAGUUAAGUGUGCUACGGGCACAACUCGACGACCUUCUGGAGAAAGGCUGGAUUCGACCUAGCUCUUCGCCAUACGGUGCGCCUGUUCUCUUCGUCCGGAAGAAGAACAAGGAUUUGCGGUUGUGCAUCGACUAUCGUAAGCUCAACGCGCAGACGGUCAAGAACGCSGGCCCUCUCCCAUGCAUCGACGAUCUCCUGGAGCGACUGGGCGGCGCGAAGUUCUUCUCCAAGUUUGACCUCAAGUCCGGUUAUCAGCAACUUGAGAUUCGCCCGGAGGACCGAUAGAAGACCGCGUUUAAAACGCGAUAUGGGCAUUUCGAAUGGUUGGUCAUGCCGUUUGGCCUUACGAAUGCCCCAGCCACAUUCCAGGCGGCUAUGACAUUGGAGUUUCGACACAUGCGGGAUCGUUUCGUACUCAUCUACCUCGACGACAUCUUGGUGUAUAGUCGGAGUUUGGACGAGCAUGUGGAGCACCUACGCACCGUUCUGGAACGGCUACGACAGGCCAAGUACAAAGCAAACCGCGAUAAAUGCGAAUUCGCGCU